AUGGCCGGCGACGACGAAUCCAAGCACAGUCAGCACCAGUCUUCCCGCGCCUGGCCCGAUGACGACAAUCCUUUCGUCGCUUUCCGCCGCUAUGCCGACGAACAGAUCUCCUCCAUGCUUCAGUCCGUGAUGGGACUGCCGUCAAUCGUCUCUAACCCUCCCCCCGACCACUGGGCCAUUUUCGACGACCCAAAAUACCAGCACGCCCAAUUCCGUCGGAACGAUGAGAGCCGUGACGGCCAGGAUCGCGAAGCACGCAGUUUCGACAGUUCGUCGAGGGCCCGUUGGCCGGAAUCAGACGAUCCUCAGCGGAUGCAGCGCUCAGGACGCCCUAACUACCCGCCUUCCGACCUCUUCGAUAUCGAUCUCUUCUUCGACUCCUUCUUCGACCGAUUCUGGUUCGACGACCGCUUCUCCCACCGGUUCUUCCGGCCGUACCACCGCCCGAUGUUCUCCAGCAUGGUGAACGAUGAAUCCCCCGCCUGGCCCGUCUAUUAUCUCAUGUUCAGCCCUUACUCGCCCCUACACCUCGAGCGCCAGGCUCAGUACCGAUCCCAUCGUGAUAGGGGUGUGUUUUCCUCUAUCAUGUCCUCGCUACGACCGUCCUCUGAGCGAGACCCUGCGGAACCCCAAUGGCGCGAAGCGUUCGAGGAUCUCCUGCGACUUGAAAAUGGGAAGCCAAUGCUUGAUCGCGACUCGACGGACCUGGCCAAGAGGGAGACGGGAAGAGAAUGGCUGCAGGGUCUGGCUAAACGGGGCAGUCUGGGUGAUCGGUGGAAGUAUGUUGCUGGUACCGAAGGCAAACCCUGGUCUACCAUCACCUACGACACUGGUUCUAAGGAGAAAACCGAUGGCGAGAUUGGCAGCAACGUGAAGGCGGAGUUUAGCUGGAACGAAAACGACAGUGACUCGGUGACAGAGCUGGAUGUGUACGAUCGAUUCUUGGCAGAUAUUGAAGCCCGUGAGCGGGAGUUUUUCAAUGGUGCCUACGAAAGUCCUUUGUUGCGUCUAAUCUUCGAUGAUAGACGCCGAACUACCGACAAACGCGACCCAUCCGAAAAGGAGCCUGGGAAGGAUUAUGCGGACAGCUGGAUCGAUCAAGUAACUGCGGAUCAGCAGACGUCCACUCAAGAAUCCCCGGCCGGUUCAGAAACACCGGCACCUGUGGAUACAUCGCAAGCGGAUGCUAUCGCAGAACAGAAGCCAUACGUGAUAUCUACGUCGACCUCUACACAGCGUAUCCGUCUUCAAGAUGGCUCCGUCCAGACAAAGACCACCAAGACCAAACGCUUUUCCGAUGGUCGCGAGGAGACCAACGAGUCUGUCGAGGUCCUCAAUCCACGUCAAAUCCAUUCCGAUUCUGGUAGUCAAGAAGGCUCCGAGUCUAACCAGAGCGGAAGUGGCUGGUUUUGGAAAGACAACUAG